GAAAGGCCUUCAGAUAAGAAUUCCAUCAAAGCCCUAAUAAAUUCUCUCUCUCUCUCUCUUUCGCUAUCGUCGAUUGGGAGGAGAACGACGAGCUCCUUCCUCGCGCUUCCCAAUCCUAGGGCUGGAAUCCUCCCUUCAUACCCUUCGCUGUGGUGAGGAUGUCGACACCUGCUAGAAAGAGGCUCAUGAGAGAUUUCAAGCGUUUGCAGCAGGAUCCUCCUGCUGGGAUUAGUGGUGCACCUCAAGAGAAUAACAUCAUGCUCUGGAAUGCUGUUAUAUUUGGACCUGAUGACACCCCUUGGGAUGGAGGUACGUUUAAGUUAACAUUGCAAUUUACAGAGGAUUAUCCAAAUAAGCCACCUACUGUGCGCUUUGUUUCUCGAAUGUUCCACCCGAACAUUUAUGCAGAUGGAAGCAUUUGCUUGGAUAUCCUUCAGAAUCAAUGGAGCCCAAUUUAUGAUGUUGCUGCAAUUCUCACAUCAAUCCAGUCAUUGCUCUGCGAUCCAAACCCCAACUCACCUGCAAACUCUGAGGCUGCAAGGAUGUUUAGUGAGAACAAGCGAGAAUACAAUCGAAGGGUACGUGAGAUUGUGGAACAGAGCUGGACAGCUGAUUGACAACAGCCCUUCAUGCCAUAAGAAAUGGUGCUUUGCCUGUCCUAUAAAGUUGUUGUUAUGUUACAGUCCAUGUCUGCUACUCCUUAAGUAUUAUAUCAAACUAUACAAUCCAUGUAGCUAGACUUCUGCUUGGCUUUAAGAGUACCAUUGCUGGACAUUCUUGGCUCAAUACUCUCCUUGUGAUCCUUAUGAACCAUAUGGUUGUGUUAUUCAUAUGAAUGAAUAAGAUGAUGUUUGCCUUGUCGGUUCUUUUGCGUA